GGUGGUAGUCGUCGUCUUUGGUAGUAGUGGUCGUCUUGGGUGGAAGAGAUGGUCGUGGUGGUCGUCUUGAGAGGAGGUGGUGGUCGUCUUUGGUGGAGGUGGUGGUAGUAGUGGUCGUCUUUGGUGGAGGAGGCGAUGAUGGUGGCGGUGGUGACGUGGUAAUCCCGUCAGGAGUAUUAGCAGUCAGCUGAGCGGUGGUGUUGGUGGAGUAACCCGUCAGUAGUGCACAGGUGACCACUGCCUCCUCACCCUCUGCGCUCCCACUCAUCUUGAUUACUAAGAUGUCUCACCUGUACUCACCUGCGUGCACUGGGUCAUUCCCUGCGCAGGUGACCUUGUUUUCUAGGUGAUUUUUGUAAAAGUGACUUCGUUUCCCGAGCGACAUCUGAACCCUCUUGGAUGUCACGUAGUACACUUAGGAUAAACCCGCCAAGUGACUUCGUUUCCCGGGGUAACUUGACCCCUCCUGGACUAGUGAUUGGGAUGAACAAGAGAUUCUCAGAGAUGGUUUGAAGGUGACCAUCCCCGUCCAGGUGUUGUGAGGAACCUUGCAGUGAUCGCGGGGCUCUCAAGUGUUCCCGGGAGCGUUGCUUGUUGUGUAAACUAGUGAUCGCCAGGUGAACAGGUGAUGACCGCUUAAAAUAAGUGUUAAAUAGGUGAACAAGAAGGUGGCCUUGUGGAUAUGUGAGGCCAGAGUGCUUAGUCACCCGUGACAGAGUGGACUGAUCCUCUCCAGGUACACGAGUUGUGAAGUGUUUGAUAGGUGGAUUACUUAAGUGAAUUUGAGGGACUUUCUCAACUUGCGGCCCCUUAAAUAGCCUUUGGUUGUAUAAAGUCUUUAUAACGAUAUAUUAAUGUAAUUAUGAUUAAUAUAUACUAAAGCCUUGUGCUCUUGUCCCCACCAAGUUAACUCCGAGAAAGUGGAGUGACGGAGAAAGUGGAGUGAAAGAUCCGUGACGCCCCUCCACAAGAAAUCACAUCUGGAGUUACCAGGAGUUGUGCUGUUAACAUAAAGAACAAAUGGAUGUAAUUGAAGGAUCCCCGCGACUGUUCAGCUGAGGCCCCAGUGGUGGCGCGAAAUAAGGUGUUGGUGGGCGUGUGGUGUAAGACGUGGGAGGGAUGAAGGGAGACACGGGUGACCAGUGUGGUCAUGGAUGAGCCUCAGCUGCCGCCGUGCACGCCCGUCCGCCAGACGGAGCCUUCACAUUGUGACUACAACCCCACCACCUUCUACACCUACGGUUACGAUACACAGCAUCGUGUGGAGGCCGAGGUCCAUUCUGGCCCCCCCUCCACGCCGCCCCCACACGUCCCCAACGGACCCUUACUCAACGGGCCUUACAUCAUCCCCAACGGGCCUUACUACAUCCGUAACGGGACCACUGCCGCUGCCAUGGGCGGCCCACAGUCCGGCACAGAGGCCCAGGUCACCCAUCAGUCACCCGCCUUCACCACCUUCGGUCGACCUUCUCCAGGAGUGGCCCCCGUCCCUCCUGGGGGGUCACUACUCUACUCGGGGACGUUAAAACGCAACCCCCCUCAGGUGCGUCAGCGCCCCCUGGACCCCCGGGUGGAACAGUUAAGGGGCCAACGACCCCCUAAGGUCAUCGCCUCUCCCUCCCCUCUGGGUCGUAAUGGGUUUUGCCGACCCCGCCGGGUGACCUUCCUGGUUGAACCCGUCCCCGAGGUUGAUGAAGACGACGAGGACGACGACGAUGACGACGACGAAGAACUCCGCUUCAUUCACGGCAACGAGGACGAUAACGAAGAUGAGCACGAGGACGAGAACGGUGACAAAUUGGGUUUUCAGCCGACAGAGGGCGGGAGGUCCCCCUUGAGGCAGCGGCACAGUGUUGGCCAGGAGAGUGUGGCCAAACCCCCCGGCCACCAACCCCGCUCCUUCACAGUGGUGAGUGGGCGUGGGCGGGAGAUGAGCGUCCGUGGGCGCCCUUCCGGCCUGUCGUCGCUCUGCUCCCAGAGUUCGGUGGGCGGCAUGGGCUGCGGGGUGGGCGGCCCUGUGGUCGGCCACUUGGUCGGCUCUACCUGCAGCUCUAGCAGUGCGUCGCGGGUGGGUUCUGCCGGGUCCCUGGUGGGCGUGGGUGCGGGCGUGCCUUCCCUCGAGGGUGAGGUAGGCUGCCCGGACUGUGCCGCCCUCUACCCCAUCACGGACGAUGCUCUCCUUCACAACCUUCACACCAGAUACAAGCGUGACCAGAUCUAUACCUACGUGGGCACGGGGCUGAUAUCAGUGAACCCUUACAGACGUCUUGCCCUGUACACACCUGAAGUAAUUAACGCCUAUAGAUCUACCUGUGUCUUCCACCUGCCCCCACACAUUUACGCAGUGGCGGACGCAGCUCACAGAGGCGUAUGGGAGCGUAACAUGGAUCAGGUAGUGGUGGUGACGGGAGAGAGUGGCGCAGGCAAGACUGAGGCGGCCAAGUUGGUGUUGCAGUAUGUCGGCUACAGCUGUCAUAAUAACAGGCUACUGCAGUCUAACCCCAUCCUCGAGGCCUUUGGUAACGCCAGAACGAGAAGAAACGAUAAUUCUUCUAGAUUUGGCAAGUACCUGGAGAUGGAGUUUGACCACACAGGCGAGCCAGUAGGAGGAAGUAUAACCCAUUAUCUGUUGGAAAAGUCACGGGUCACGAGUCAAGCGGCCGGAGAGAGAAACUUUCACAUCUUCUAUCAGCUGCUGGCUGGAGCUGACAUCCAGACCCUCAAGUCGUUGCGGCUACAGAGGAACGUGGAAAACUAUAUUCUUCUUCAGGCGCCGCGACACUGCCCCACAGAUGUCCUGGACGACCGCACUGAGUACAACAUUACCAAGAGAACCCUGGACGCCCUUGGGAUGACGCAGGAAGAACAACUGGAGGUUCUGAAGGUGGUGGCAGCCGUCCUGAAGCUGGGGAACCUGACCUUCACCUCCGUUAACAACAUCGAUGGCACGGAAGGCUGUAGUAAUGAGAACGAGUAUGAGUUGCACGAGGUGUGUGAGCUACUGUCGUGCGAGGUGUCCACGCUGACGGGGGCCCUACAGACGAGGACGGUGGAGGCCCGAGGGGAGACCGUGGUGGCGGAGCUGUCGGCGAUAGAUGCGACAAGGACCCGAGACGCCCUCUGUCGUGCCCUCUACAACAGGCUGUUUACCUGGGUCGUCAGCAGGGUGAACGAGGCAAUCAAGGUAAAGACCAUGGGCCGCAGGAAGGUCCUCGGUAUACUAGACAUCUUCGGCUUUGAGAUUCUUGAGACCAACAGCUUCGAGCAACUGAUUAUAAACUUCUGUAAUGAAAAACUCCACCAGGUCUUGACGGAGGUGACGUUAAAACACACACAGGAAGAUUACCUGAGGGAGGGAAUUGAUUGGUCACCUAUAGACGUACCCACCAAUAACGCCGUAGUCGACCUUAUUGAACAGAGACAGACGGGGGUACUAGCUGUGAUCGAGGAGGUCAGCAGUCGUGUAGGAGGUGGCACAGACGCCCUCCUGCAGCAGUUGUCGUUCUCCUGCGGGGGACAUUCUCUGUUCGACAUCAAGGGAGGUAGACACGCCCAUUCCGACAAUAACAUCCCGACUGACUCUUUCAGGAUCCGUCACUACGCUGGUUCCGUCACCUACACUGUCUACGGGUUCAUUGAGAAGAACUGCGAUGCUCUACACCGUGACCUGACCCGCUCCUUGUACCGCUGUAACCACCGUAUCCUCAAGGAGCUGUUCCCUGAAGGUAACCCCAGAAGGACAACGUUGAAGCGGCCGGCCAGUGUGGGGACCCAGGUGUUAAUCUCUGUGUCAGCGCUCAUGAGGACUCUGCGUUCCAAGACCCCUCAUCUCAUAGCUUGUAUCAAGCCUAAUGAACUGAAGCAACCUAGGAUCUUGGAGUCAGCCCUUGUCCUCCACCAGAUCAAGUACCUAGGGUUGGUGGAACAGGCGCGGGUGAGGUGUGAGGGGUGGUCGUACAAAGGCACUCACGAGGGGUUCCUAAGCAGGUAUGCCAUGUUGUCUCUACACACCUGGCCUACGUGGAGAGGCGCGCCCCUAGAAGGAUGCGCCCUCCUCCUUGCUGACCUCCCAAUCACCCCUACACAGUACACCUUCGGCAGGACUAAAGUGUUUAUUAAGAGUCAAAGAGCCAUUCACGAGCUUGAGGAGUACCGUCGGGAGAGACUGGAGGACUUGGCGGUACUGGUGCAGAAGACGUACCGUGGGUGGCACCAUCACACACGGUACAAACAAAUGAAGGCCGCUCAGAUCACCAUAGCAACGUACUGGAGGAGUUGGAGGGCGAGAGAGGAGUACAGGCAGCUAAAGCACCGUAGACGGGUUGAAUGGGCAGCAGCUGUGAUCAAAUUGGCCUACACCAAUUACCAGCGCUGGAGGUUCCUGACCCUUGUGCUGACAGAACUUCCGUCAGACUCACCAGCUGACGGUUCCUGGCCCCCCACCCCUGCCUCCCUUAGUGACGUCAGCAUCUUACUGCGGCGAUUACAUCAUAAGUGGCGGUGUCACAGAUAUCGGCUACAGUUCGACCAGACAGCUCGUAACAGGAUGAGAGAGAAGGUAACAGCCUCCAUCAUCUUCAAGGACAGGAAAGCAUCGUACCCAAAAAGUGUGUCUCAUCCGUUCCUAGGAGACUAUGUGAGGCUCCGUCAGAAUGCCCAGUGGAAGAAGCUAGCAGCUGAGACCAAUGACCAAUAUGUUGUGUUUGCUGAUAUUGUCAACAAGAUCACACGUUCAGCUGGCAAGUUUGUGCCAAUAUUGCUGGCUGUGUCGACCAACUCCCUCCUGGUAUUAGAUCAGCGAACACUACAGAUUAAAUACCGUAUACCGGCCUUGGAAGUACAGCGGAUAUCUCUCUCUCCAUACCUGGAUGACAUCGCCGUUCUGCACGUUAAACCUCCCUCACCCACGGCGGACCUAUCUGGCUCUCAGAACUUGAACCCAGGGUGCUUGUUCGGGUCAGAUGAGGUCAAACGGAAGGGCGACCUGGUGCUGCAGACGGGUCACGUGAUAGAGGUGGUCACGAAAUUAUUCUUGGUGGUACAGAAUGCUACCGGCAAGCCUCCAGAUGUGAACAUAUCCACUGAAUUUGACGCCAACUUCGGUCAACACUCAGUCUUGUUUACCUUCAAGACGGCAGGGCUGGCGGAGGUGGCCCCGGGACAGAUUCGUAUUAUGAGACGUCACAACCGCAUGGAGGUAAUCUUGUAGGGUCCCACCAGCCUGGAGGUCAUCUUGUAGGGCCCUGUGGUCAUUUCCUGGGGCCCUUCCAAGCACGUAGAAGUUCUCAACUGAGGAACUUGGUGUCUGGGAACUUUACAAGAUGGGAGAGUGACCUCGAGGAAUUGAGAAGUAAAGAGGUGGUCUUUAAGCGUCGUCAGGAACAUGGAAGUCAACUUUUAGGGUUCUCACAAGCCCGGAGGUCGGCGUCUAGAACCUUCACAAACAUGGGGUCCAUCCACUGGGCCCUCAGGAUGAAGGAUAUCAUCUAAAGAGGCCUUGUGAACAUGGAGAGCAUUUUGUAGGCCCUCUUAGACACGCGGAAGUCAGUUUGAAGACCCUCCCAAGCCAAAUAUAGACGCCUUGUACGGUUCUCACAACAAAUUCCCCCAAACUAACUUGAGUUGCCUUGCCCGCUACAUGGAAUGUGAAAAUGAGUAUCCGACCGCAUAUGUUGGUAUUUAGACACAAGUAGGGGGGCUCGAUACCUUGCUUAACGCGACUUUGCCUUGGUGUGUGACUAUUGCAAGAGACAAUGUGAGUUGCAUGUGUCGGUGUGUAAACAGUGAGAGCCAUACAGGACUCCAAGAUGUGUUGACUCAGUUGCAAAGAGUGAUAAAUUUUUUACUUUGCACUAAAGGGAACUGAAACUUCUGAUUGGAUGAAGUGAUGCUAUUUGCUGGCUAUACAGAAGGAGGACAGUAGUAGAGAUAGUUUAUGAUUGGUGCAGUGACGAUGAAGAUAUUAAAAAAGAAGCAAUAAACGAAAAAUGUGUAGUGGAAAGCAAAAGAGAAAGAAGAAGACUGACAAUGUGAUUGUGAACUGCCCUUAGUAUAUAUAUAUAAAUAAAUAAAUAAAUAAAUA